AUGCAAACGUGUAAUAAGACUACGAAUUGUAUUGAUAAAAUUGAUAACCUACUAGUAAAUGUACAACAUAUUGAAAAAAAAGAAACAAAACUUGGACAAGUAUUUGUAAUUGAUAUGAUAAAAGGUGUGAAUGUUGAGACAGAUAAUAUGAAAGAGGAAAAGAUGUGUGGAACCAAUUCCCUUGUGCCAGUCUCGCCUAUUAAAAAUGGAAUUGAUGGAGAAAUGAAUAAUGGUGUAUCAGAAGUAAAAAUAAAUAAAGAACCUGUAAUUUUAAUAGAUAAAAUUGAAAGAUGUUUAGUAGUUGAAUGGUAUGAAAAUGAUAUAAGAAGGGAGCAAAGAAUAUCUUAUAAAAAAUAUGGCAAUGAUAAAGCUAAAUUAAGAGCAAAAGAAUUGAUAGAGAAAUUAAAAUCAGGUAUAACCUUUGAGCAGUUAUAUCCAGAUAAAGGUCCUCCAAUUGUAAAAGUAUAUGAAAAUGUAGGAGACUAUAAAGUUUCAUUAAUUAGAGAUCGAAUAGAAAGAGAGUGGCGAGUUGAAUGGAUAGAUAAUGGGGUUCCUACAAAGGCAAGAUGGUCUUGUAAAAAAGUUGGAAAUGAUGAAGCACAAAAAAGAGCAGAUGCAUUUGCUCAAAGUAUGAUAAAAGGAGUUUUCAAUCCAAUGUUAUUACACAAAGCAACUGGUACACGAUUUUCAAGAUCGGAUCGUACUGUUGUUAAAAUAAAUGUAUAUAUGAAAAAGAAUGUAAAACGAAAAAAAAAAACAAAAUCAGGUAUUGUGAAAGCGGAAAAGAAUACAGGAGUUUCAAAUGGAACAAGGGAAGGAUUAAGAAGGUCGAGAAAUAAUAACAAUGUUACAAAUAAUGCUAAUAAUGAAUAUAGUGGAUGUGUUUUAAAAAAUGUAAAUGAAAAUAAAAAUAGCAAAAGUAAUGAUGAGAAUAGUGUAAACAUUCAAGAGUACAAUGGUAGUACUACAUAUUAUAUAAACACUGGUGAGGUUAUUAAAAACGAAGAUGAGAAUUCUCAGAAAAAGCGUACUUAUACACCUAGAAGUAAAGGUGUAAGAAGUACACGAUUAAGAAAGAUGUCUAAAAUAGAUGGUAAGACAUCAAUUAAUGUUGAUAGUGGAAAUAAAAAAGGAAGACCAAGUACUCAAUAUAAUGAAACAAAUAUAAAUAGAUAUUCAAUUAAUAAUCAGCAAUUUGUAAACAAUUUAUAUGAUGAGGGUUUAGAAAAAAAUUCUAUUGUAUGGAAUAAUAAAAAUAAUAAAAUGAAUAGCAAUAUAAAAGAUAUUUAUUAUAAUAAUAUGACAAAUAUAUGUGAUACAUAUCAUAUAAAUAAUAAUAUUCAUAAUGGUGGAUUAGACAGUAAUAUAGAAAGAGGAGAAUAUCCUGUACAUAUUCCAUAUUUAGAUAAUUAUAAUAAUUAUGGUUUUUUAAAUUAUAACAUUGAAAAUUCGAUUCAAAAUAAUUUACAAGGUAAUAUACAAAAUAAUCAAUAUAAUGUAAAGCAUGAUAUGAGAGAAUUAUAUCUUUAUACAAAUUCAAAUAAUUUCAUAAAUUGUGGAUUAGAAAUAAAUAAUAAUUUAUAUACAAUCGGGAACAUAAAUAAAGAUAUAAAUUUUAUUCCUGAUUCGAAUUUAGAAAAUAAAAAUUAUUAUCAUAUUAAUAAUAGUGAUGUUUGUUUAGGUAAUUAUAAUGAUGAUCUAAUAAAUAAAAAUAAAAAAUAUGGUGAUAACAAUUUUGUAAUUAUUCCAACUGAAAAUUAUAAUGGUGAAAUGAUUCAAAAUGAAGGUAAAGAUUUUACUGUUUUAAAUUCAGGAGUAUAUAGAAAACAGACACCAAAUAAAAAUGAAAUAAUUGAUGAGAAGGGAAUAAGUAAUAUGAACGUUUUAAGUGUCAAUAAAAAUGAAUUAGCUUGUGUAGAAAGAAAUAGUGUAAAUAAGAGUGAUGAAAUAAAAGAUAAUACAAAUGAUAGUACGAUUUUUCAAAAUGAAUCAGAGAAUAAUUCCAGUUGUUCUAAAGGUGAUUUACGAACAAGUAAAGGGAUUAAUAAGAAUGAAAAUAAUAUAAAUGAGGAUUUAUUUUAUUGUACAUCCCAUAAUGAAAAAUUAAAUAAGUUUGAAUAUAUUGUUAAUAAUAAUUAUGAUUUAUAUGAAUCUGAUAAUGUUAAAAAAAAUAAUCGAAGAAGAAGUACAAUUAGUAAUGGAUAUAAUAUAAAUAAUGAAAAAACUGAUGAAUCUUUAGAAAAUACAUUUUUUGAUAAUAUAAAUAAGUCUAAAACAUCUGUUCAGAAAAAGCGGACAAGAUAUUCAAGUCUAAGUCGUUUAAAUACAAAUGAUCAUACAAUAUGUUCUAAUGAAACAAUUAAUAAUAAUUAUGAUAUUUCAUAUACCAACCAAAUUAAUGAAACUAAAGAUACAAAUAAUUUAUAUAAAUAUGUAGGACAAGAAAAUUAUAUGAACAGGUACAUAAUUAAUAGUAACGACUCAAAUUUAAGAAUGAAUGAUAAAGAUGAAAAUAAAAAUGUGAGUGAAAUUAUAGAAGAAGGAAAAAUAUAUCAUAGUUAUUCUAAAAUGAAUAAUAUGGUAUCUAUUGAUGAAAAAGGGAAAAUUCAAAAUAGUAAGGAUGUUAAUAAUGUUUAUUUGAACGAUAAUAAUUUAAUUUGUUAUGAAAACAUGAAAUUAAAAAAAAUGAUUCCUGAGAAUACAUCUAUAGAAUUUGUAGAAAAUCCAAGAGGAUAUAGAGUACCAUAUAUUUAUCAAUAUAAAAUUUUUUAUGAAUAUUUUGAAAUACCAUUAAAUGCAUCUAAAGAAUUAGGAAUUCAACAAUUAUAUAGUGCACUAUUAUUUUGUUUACAUAUAAUAUCAGUAGGUUGGAAUGUUAAUAAGAAUGAAUUUAUUGAAAAUUAUUUAAAUGCAUUGUCUAAUCCAUCUUUUAAAAAUAUAGUAAUGAAUAAUUAUAUGUCCGAUUCUAUAAUUAAUAAUAUGUAUAAUGUAGGAUAUAAUUUUCCUAAUUCGAAUUAUAACAAAAUAGGAUAUAUAGAUGGAAUGAAUAGUAAUUUAUUUCCUUACGCAUCUAUGAAUAAUACAAAUAUGUAUACUAAUAAAUAUUUGAUUAAUAAUUUAGAAAAUGUUAAUCUUGAAUCAGGUUUGACUAGUAGUUCUGUAAUGCCAAUAUCUACUAGUGCAUCUAAUAUGGAUGGAGUUUACAUUUUGAUGGAUAAUGUAAAUGAUUCUGGAAUUUUAAGCAAUUCGAGCCAAAUAAAUAUUAAAGAUGGCAAUUGCAUGAACAAUAGUGCAGAUGUUCAUAAUUUUAAUGAAACUAAAAAAUUCGAAGAAAUAAACAAUGCAAGGAAUGUAGUAAGUUUAAAUAAUAUGAGGGAUUCAAAACAGAUGCAAGAUAUGAUAUAUUUAAAUGAUAUAAAUAAUUUAUAUAAAAAUCCAAUGUUUUAUAAUAUGAAUAAUGGAGAGUGUGGAAUGAAUAAUUUAGCUAGUCCAAAUUUGUCUACUGAUAUAAGCAGCCAAUUAUAUAUGAAUCAUAUUGUUAAUAAUAAUUUAGAAAAUAUGAACAGUCAGAAAAUAAUGAUUUAUCCUAAUGAUUUGAAUAAUAUAGCAAAUAAAAAUUAUAUUAAUAAUAUGAAAAAUAUUGUUAAUAUAAAUAAUAUGUAUCAUACUAACAAUUUUAAUGAUAUCAAUUCUCCUAACUCAGCAUACAAAUUAAGAAAUCCUCAAGACAUACCAAAUAUGGAUAAUAUUAAUAAUAGUUUUAAUAUGAAUUAUAUGAAGGACAAUUUAAAUAAUCCUACGAUGAUGAAUCGAAUGAGCAUGGUUAAUACUAUUGAUCAGGGUUUGCAAAAUAUAAAUUAUGGUGUAGAUUUAAAUAAAAAUUUUAAUUACUUAAAUAGUGAUGACAAAAAAAAUAUAAUUAUGAGCAAUGAUUAUGUAAUUAAUGAUGAGCAAAUAUGUUCAAACGAUAGUAUGUCUAAUGCAUAUUACAAAACAAUAAAUAAUAAUAAUUUAAUGUAUCAUAAUAAUUAUCAAUUAGAUGAAUUAAGAGACAAUUGCUUUGGUGAUUCAUCUUUAUCUGCUUCUAAAAGAAAAGAAGAGAAUGUAGAUGCAACUGGAGAUUCUAUUAAUGAUAAAAAUGAUUCUAAAACAGAUGCAAAAGAAAAUGUAGAGAUGACAAAUUACAAUGAUUCUAUUAAUGAUAUGAAUAUAAAUGGGAAUAAUAAAAUAAAUGUGGGUUCAAAAUUAUCUAGAACCCAUGAAUCUAAAGAUAAUGUAAGUAAGGACAAUUUAAAUUUAGUAGAAGAGACUAUUGGCAAUGGUACUGCUCCAAAAAAGACUGACGUUAUCAAUACAAGUAUGCAAGAAAAUAAUGCAUCUGUAAGUAAGCAAAAUGAGGAUAAUGGAAAUGAUAAUAAAGAAAGUUCUUUUGUUAUGAAUUAUAAUUUAAAACCAUGUAUGAAUGAAAAUAAAAAUGAAGAAGCAGAGAAUAAGUAUGAGACAGACAAUAGCAAUGAGAGUAGCACAGAAUGUCGUAGUAAUGUAGUAAAAUACAAUAAUGAGAAUGAUCAAAAUAUUAUGAACAAUAAUAUGGCUAGUAAAGAGUUAGUAAAUAAUAAUAAUAUGAAUGUUAUUAAUCAAAAUAUAGAUAAAUGUGAUGAAAUGAUUUAUAAUGGAUAUAUAAAAGAUUCUAAAAAUAAUACAAGUACAGGAUCUAUAUAUUUAUCACCAGUAAAAUUAAUUAAAGAUUCUUAUAAUUAUGAAUUUUAUUCAAAUACAAAAAUGAUUGAAAAAAUAAGAUCUACAUCAAAUUCCAGUACUAUAAAUACAGAAUACUUAUCAAGUAAUCAUAUGAACUCAAGUAGUAUGAAUAAUGGUUGUCCAUCGAAUAAUAUAAAUCGACAAAUCCAUAAUGUUUUGGAGAAAUAA